AGCGUUAGCUUUUCUUCUGCUUGCAGAAGAGACUUUGAUCCUCUGAAUAUGUGAGUGUUUGCAGUAGAAAUGUCUUCAGUCCGGCUUGAGCGAGAGUUUUUCAACGAGCAGCGAACUGCUGUUGAGGAAACAUUCACGGAGAUUAAAGAAAUCAUCGUUAAAGAGGAAGAGACGGACGAUCAGCACCGACUGCUGGAUUUCUCCCUUUUACACGGAAAAGAUGAUCUACAGGAUUAUGAUUGGAAAGAGGAGCAGCAGCAGCUCUGUAAGCAGGAGAGUGAUUCCAGUUUGGACCAGGAGGAACCAGAACCUCUGCAGAUUAAAGAAGAGUGCCAGGAACCAGUACUUUCGUGGAUUAAAGAGGAAGUAUUGGAGAUCUGCAUAGGUGAGCAUGGAGAGCAGCUUGAACUGAAGCAGGAGACUGAAGAUACAUUUUUGUUGACUCCUUCACACAAAGAAAAUUACCACAUUGAACUGGAACCAAUGAGAGACCAAAUAAUCUCUGAGGACUUAAAUGGUACUGAAAACCAGGAUCAAGAAGGAAACCAUCAGAAAGACUCAGGAUCAAAGCACUAUAAAGUGCCAAAACCAAAUAAGAGAUGUAAAACCAGGAAGCGUAAAAACUGUGCAAAUUCAAAACCAAAAAGACAUGGUAAUUUGUGUUCUUGUAAGUUAUGUGGUGAUUUCUUACCUCAAAAUAGUAACUUGGCUGAGCACUUGAAUUAUCACACAAGUGAGAAGCGUUUUCCAUGUGCAACAUGUGGAAAAAGUUAUAUAAACAAAGGACAUUUAACUGUUCACAUGAGAAUUCACACAGGUGAGAGACCUUUCAAAUGUCUGUCUUGUGAAAAAAGCUUCACUACAAAACCUUUUCUUGAGGCGCAUGUCAGAGUCCACACAGGUGAGAAGCCUUUCUCUUGCACCAUGUGUGGCAAAAGUUUUACUCAAAAAGGUAAUUUGACCACUCACAUGAGGCUUCACACAGAUGAAAGGCCUUUUUCCUGUGAUGCCUGUGAAAAGACUUUCAAAAGAAAAGAUUCCCUAAAUGAACACAUGAGGGUUCAUACAGGCAAGAAGCCAUUUGUGUGCAAGACAUGUGGAAAACACUUCAAUCGGCGAUAUCUGUUGAUGGUUCACACAAGAAUUCACACUGGUGAUAAGCCUUUCAAAUGUCUGUCCUGUGGAAAACACUUCACUACAAAACCUGGUCUUGAUGCACAUGUCAGAAUUCACACAGGUGAGAAGCCUUUCUCUUGUAUGAUUUGUGGCAAAGAUUUUACUGACAAAGGUCAUUUGACCAAUCACACAAAGUGUCACACAGAUGAAAGGCCUUUUCCUUGUAACACGUGUGGAAAAACAUUCAGAUCAAAACAUUCGUUGAAAGAACAUAUAAGAAUUCACACCGGUGAGAAGCCCUUUUUGUGUGUGACCUGUGGAAAAAGGUUUAAUCAAAAAAAUCAGUUAAAGGUUCACAUAAGAAGCCAUACAGGCGAGAAGCCAUUUCUGUGUGUGACCUGUGGAAAGGGAUUCAACCAAAAACACCAGCUAAUUGUUCACACAAGAAGCCAUACGGGUGAGAAGCCCUUUUUGUGCGUGAUCUGUGGGAAUGCAUUCAGCGACGGCAGUAGCUUAAAAGCUCACUUCUUGACGCACACAAAUGAGAAACCUUUCCAAUUUGUGACAUAUGGAAAAGGUUUGAUUCAUAAAAGUCAGUUAACGGUUAACAUGAGAACUCGCAAGGAAGAGAGGCUUUUCAAAUGUCUGUUCUGUGGAAAAAACUUCACAAGAAAAUCUGUGUUCGAUGAGCAUGUCAGAAUUCACACAGGUGAGAAGCCUUUCACUUGUAUGGUUUGUGGCAAGGGUUUUACUCAAAAAGGUAAUUUGACUUCUCACAUGGCACAUCACACUGAUGAAAGGCCUUUUUCCUGUAAUACGUGUGAAAAGACCUUCAAAAGAAAAGAUUCAUUAAAUAAACACAUGAGAGCUCACACAGAUGAGAAGCCACAAGAAUGUACAUAAGAGGCCUUUCAUGCUAGUAUGACUUGUGUAAAAAUGUCCAUGUGUCAUUUUAAUCUGUAAUCCAACAGUUAAUUUGAAAACAUGUAACUGAAAAAUGUAAUAUUGUAAACCUUGUAAAAAUGUCCAACAUCGCAAUUCGAAAAAUGUUUAAAUCUGUUUCCCUCAUUUGAUUUAAUGUUUAAAUUUUUGAGUUUUAUCAUUUGACUUGGCAAAAAGCCGUUUGAAUUAGAAUACAAAUUUAUUUAGAGAUGCUAAACUCCUCUAUAAGUUUGGACUUUCUACUUUUUAGUUUCUUUAAUGUGCAAAUUCAAUAACUAAUUUCAGUGCUGCUGCUUUUGAUUCUUCGGAUGUGUUCUGUAAAUUUGUGUUCUUUGUAUCUUUGUUUUCUGUUGUGAAUGUUGCUCCUUAAAUGAAUCGAAGAAUUAAAAAAUGCUUUGAUUUUUAAUAUGGUUUUCUAUGAAUGACAAAUAUCUUUGUUUUCUCACAUUUUCAGACAACCUAAAAUCUUUAUGUAUAUUUUCUAAUGGUAUUUUGUAAGAGUAUGUUUACAGAAUUUGAUCAGUUAUUAUUUUUGUGGUCAAUGUUUGGUCAAUUUAGUUGUUUACUCAAGAUAAAGUUUACUUAAACAAAUAAGUUUGAACAUGUUGGUUGGCUGUUGGUAAGAAAAUUGGAACAUUUCUUUAAAGAAACCUGAACACAGUAUGGAACAGAAAACAAACAUGUUUGGUGAGUUACUGGGGAUAGUAUGCUCCUUUUUCUAUUUGGAUGAUUAGUCACAUAUUUAUAUUUUGUGUGUAAAAUAUGUUGGAAGGUAGAAAAGGUGAAAAACGUUGUCCUUAAUUGUUGAAUUGAUGCGGAACAGAAAAGGUUAAGAGUAAAGUAAGAAUGUCAAAUAUACUGAAUCAUUUUACAAAAGUAAAUGUUUCAGUUAAGAAAACAGACACCUCCAGUGUUGCGUGGUUUUUCUCAGUUUGAGACAGGACAGCUUUUGGACAUUGCACCAAAUGAAAGACAACUUUCAGGGAAACUUUUGGCUCCACAUUGAACCUGAGAGUCGUUGAGGACAUUUCUGUUCACCUGCAACUGUGAUUUAUUUAUUUAUUUUUUUAUGCUUUGAAAAUAAAUCUGCGCAGCUGGA